GCUGCCUUUUGUAAUGUUUUAAUGGGGUUUCUUUCCUGGGCUGGGCUGACUUAAUUGCAAAGCUGCAGUGAGUUGAUGCCUUGUGACGGUCUAAUCCCAACCCGGUGACUCUACAAAGCUUUCGCCCGGCUCCCUCGCUGCUCCACUCCGGCCUCGCCAUCCCUGCUCCCAUCUCAGCUCUGUGCACUGACCUGCUCAGGACACUUCAGCUCUUCCUCUUCCUGUGUCCUGCUGCCGACAGAAGACAGAGGACAGCAUGUCUGCAGUUACGGGCACGUUCCGGAUCGUGUCGGAGGAGGAGCAGGCGCUGCGCUCCAAGCUGGAGCGCCUCACCACCAAGGACCACGGCCCCGUCUUUGGGAGGUGCGAGAAGAUCCCCCCACACACCCUGCAGAAGGCAAAGGACGAGCUGAACGAGACGGAGGAGAAGAGGGAGGUGGCGGUGAAGGCGCUGCGGGAGCUGGUGCAGGAGCGGGCGGGCGGCGAGGACGUUUGCCAGAAGGUGGCCGAGAAGGUGCAGGAGAGGGACGACUCCUUCUUGCUCCGCUUCAUCCGCGCUCGCAAGUUUGAUGUCCACAGAGCCUAUGACCUGCUGAAAGGCUAUGUGAACUUCCGGCAGCAGUACCCCGAGCUGUUUGACAACCUGAGCCCCGAGGCCGUGCGCAGCACCAUCGAGGCCGGCUACCCCGGCAUCCUGGCCAGCAGGGACAAGUACGGCCGCGUGGUGAUGCUCUUCAACAUCGAGAACUGGGAUUACGAGGAGAUCACCUUCGAUGAGAUCCUUCGUGCCUAUUGUAUUAUCUUGGAGAAGCUGCUGGAGAACGAAGAGACCCAGAUCAAUGGGUUCUGCAUCAUUGAGAACUUCAAGGGCUUCACCAUGCAGCAGGCAUCAGGGAUCAAACCCUCCGAGCUCAAGAAGAUGGUGGACAUGCUCCAGGACUCCUUCCCAGCGAGGUUCAAGGCCGUCCACUUCAUCCACCAGCCUUGGUACUUCACCACCACCUACAACGUGGUCAAACCGUUCCUGAAGAGCAAACUGCUGGAGAGGGUCUUUGUGCACGGCGAGGAGCUGGAAUCCUUCUACCAGGAGAUUGAUGCUGACAUCUUGCCAGCAGACUUUGGUGGCAACCUGCCCAAGUACGAUGGCAAAGCAACUGCAGAGAAGCUCUUUGGGCCUCGCAUCGAGUCUGAGGACACGGCUCUCUAAAGCAGGAGCCUGCUGCUCUCUCCUGUACCACAGCACCAGAGGUGGCCCUCUAACCCCAGCCACCUCCCUCCUGUAGCAUUGGUUCAGUGACUGCUCGUGCUGAAGCACCCUGGAUGUGUUGCUCCAUGCCUGUCCCUCCUGUCCCCACUCCAGGAGAGGGCUGUUCCUCCCAGGUACAGCAUCCUUCCCUCUGGAGCCAGGGGAGAAAGGAGGCCACCAGCCCUCUCCCACAGCAUUUCCUGGUCUGCAAGGGGAGGACAGGAGAGUGUCUGCUCUGGGAAGGGAGGGCUACAGUGAGGGAGAAAUAAAGUGUUUAAAGCAGAGCUCUGGUGCCUCAUGGUGAGGAACAGGGGCACAGCUUUUUGGGUAGUGGCUGUGUUGGUGGUUCUAAGGAGACCAGUGCCAGUGUUUGACAGGAGACUCCUGCCCCCUCAUCACUGACUACACUUUGGCACCAGGACCAAGGAACUGCCCAUCUCCAUCCUCCCUGCAUUCCAAAUCAAGUCCUUUUCUUGCCUGAGAAAGGGCCCCCAGUUCCUCAUUAUCUGCUCUAGCCAGGGAAAAAGAGAUGCAAACAAAAACCCAACCAGGGUCCCAGGUGGAGCUGUCUCUGCCCAAUUCCUGCUUGGGCAGGGAGGAGAACAAAAGGUGCAGGAGCCAUUGGGACUAGGAGAUGGAUUAUCAAUCACAGAACAAUUGAAAGACAAGCAGAAUGUACCCUCCUAAAUCCUUCAAAAGCCUCAGCACAGUUGUUUCUCCUAGCACUGCACUGUGAAAGGGAGCUCAUCCAAGGAAGCCAUACCAAAAGUCACCAUGGCGG